CCGCUUUGCAUUUCUACCUAACAUAACCUAACCGAUGUCAGUUCCAAGUCUUAUCAUAGGGUCAUUUUUAAUUUCCGCAGUUCAUCCAUGGAUUCUUUCCUCCAUCCCUGACCGAAUGACGAUGCUAAACGGAACUGUCGAUCAGCAAGCAGCGUCCAACGCUGAUUUGGCCAUUUCCACCAUUCCCAUUCAUGACCCUCAUUUCUUUCCUCCACCCCCCAAAUUAUUCCUUCUCUGCCGUGCUGCUGGGAAGUUUAAUAUCAGAUGUGCUUGUGCUUUGCAAAACUACCAUUUGAUCACUUGAUCGAUUUCUCUUCACCGAGUCAUCUAACUCUGAUCUUGAAUUUAUCUCGAAUUAUGAAUGACCAUGACUCUCUCUCUCUCUCUCUCUCUCUCUCUCUACCUCUACUUAGUACCCAACCAAACCACCCACAACCCUAUCACUCCA